UAAAAACUUAGCCUGCCAUCCACCCCUCCCUUUUCCCUCUGUCCGUCACUCCUUCCCUCUCUCUUUUUCAUUCUCCCUCCCUUGCUCAGUAUGAGACUCCAAGAAAAUGGCUGAGGCUGGUAUUUCAACAGAGCAGGAUCGGUUCAGCUGUCCAGUGUGUCAGGAACUCCUGAAGGAUCCUGUAACGACUCCCUGUGGCCACAAUUUCUGUAAGGUGUGUAUUAACGAAUUCUGGGAUAAAGAAGCUCAGAGGAGUGUCUACAGCUGCCCUCAGUGUAAAGAGACUGCAAAAGUGGUGGAGGAAAUGAAGGAAACUGAACUUCAAACUGCUUCUCCUACUCACUGUUACGCUGGACCUGGAGAUGUGGAGUGUGAUUCCUGCAUCGGGAGAAAACGCAAAGCUGUUAAUUCCUGUCUGGUUUGUCAGGCCUCUUAUUGUGAAAAUCAUCUUCAACCUCACUAUCAGUCUCCUGCCUUUAAGAAGCACAAGUUAGUCAAAACUGGGGCAGAGUUCCAGAAAAAUCUCUGCUUUCAGCAUGACAAACUGAUGGAGAUCUACUGUCGUACUGACCAAAGUUUCAUCUGUUACUUGUGUGCGAUGGAUCAACACAAAGGCCAUGAUACAGUUUCAACUAAAACAGAAAGAACUAAAAAACAGUAUGAGCUAAAGGAGGAGCAGAUGAAAUCCCAGCAGAAGAUCCAGGAGAAACAGAAGAAGGUGCAGGAGCUGAAACAGACUGUGGACAUUAUUAAGAGGCAUUCACAAGCAGCAUUAGAUGACAGUGAGAGGAUCUUUACUGAGCUGAUCAGCUCCAUGGAGAAAAAGCGCUCUGAGGUGACGGAGAUGAUCAGAGCUGAAAUGAAUCAAGCUGAACGACUCCUGAAUCAACUGGAGCAGGAGAUUGCUGAUCUUAAGAGGAGAGACACUGAGAUAGAGCAGCUUUCACACACACACGAUGACAUCCACUUCCUCCAGAAUGAGCUAAAGAAGGAGCAGAUGAAAUCCCAGCAGAGGAUCCAGGAAAAGCUAAAGAAGGUGCAGGAGCUGAAACAGACUGUAGACAUCAUUAAGAGGCGUUCACAAGAAGCAGCAUUUGACAGUGAGAGGAUUUUCAAUGAGCUGAUCAGCUCUAUGGAGAAAAAGCGCUCAGAGGUGACGGAGCUGAUCAGAGCUCAGGAGAAAGCUGAACUGAGUCCAGUGGAACGACUCCUGAAUCAACUGGAGCAGGAGAUUGCUGAUCUUAAGAGGAGAGUCACUGAGAUGGAGCAGCUUUCACACACACACGAUGACAUCCACUUCCUCCAGAGUUUCCCAUCUCUGUGUGUUUCUCCUGGAUGUGACGACUCACUCAACUUCACUGUCAAUCAACAUCUCUCAUUUGAUGGAGUGAGGAAAUCUCUCUCAGGUCUGAAAAAGCAUGUCGAGCAAAUCUGUGAGAAGAAAGUCAAAAAAGUCUGUGUAGAAGCUGCAGCAAUUCAGAUGAUUUUACCCUCAGAGCUAAAGAGCAGAAAAGAUUUUUUGCUUUAUUUCCGUUAUCUGACUCUGGAUCCAAAUACAGCACAUCGUGAGCUAAUUCUGUCUGAGAAGAACAGAGUGGUGACAUGGAGUAAGACACAACAGCAAUACCCUGAUCAUCCAGAGAGAUUUGACUCUGGGCCUCAGGUGUUGUGUAAGGAGAGUGUGUGUGGAUGCUGUUACUGGGAGGUGGAGAGGAGUGGUGUUGUGUCCAUAUCAGUCUCAUAUAAAGAGAUCAGCAGGAAAGUUGAAGGCUAUGAGUGUUUGUUUGGAUACAACAAUCAGUCUUGGAGUCUGCGCUGUUCUCCUUCCUCUGUAUUUUUCAUGCACAACAACAUUGAGACUGAGCUCCAAGGUCCAGUGACCUCCAGAAUAGGAGUGUAUGUGGAUCACAGUGCAGGAACUCUGUCCUUCUACAGCGUCUCUGAUGUGAUGAGGCUCCUCCACAGAGUCCACACCACAUUCACUCAGCUUCUAUACGCUGGAUUCUGGAUACGAAGCUAUGAUUCACAGGUUUCUUUGUGUGAUCCAAAAUAAUAUGUUCAUAAGUGAAAUUAUAUCUACAAACUACAGCCACAGUGGCAUUGUUGUGUCCAGAAACUAUGUUUGUAGAACAAAGAAAUGUUAUUAAGCAGAGGUCUUUUACAAGAUUUAUUAUAAUGAUAAGUAAAAUGUACGAAAAAAAUGUGGGUUUCUUUUGUGUUUCUUUCAAAAUGCUGCCGUUAUUUUGUGUUUUGCUACCGGUAGACUUUAAAUGACAUUUUUUUAAAGACUACAGUGAAAUAGAAAUUGCUGAAUUCAUAAAUCAGUUGCUCAAAAGUUUCAGUUUAAACAAUUAAAUAUUUUGAAAUUGAACAACUGACAAUUAUGCAGUAUGCUAUUAUAACAUCUUCACUGGUUACUUCCUCUCCGGCCCGCUCUCAGGGAGAACUGAAUCAGCUUAGGGUCAAGAUGCGCUUCCUGCUUUAAGGACAUUUAAGCGUUACUCAUGACCUUCUUAGUGCAAAGUAUUAUUAGUGUUAGUCCUGCAUACCCAGCUGGUUAUUGCUUUUUCUCUUUAAGGAUUUCCAUGUGUGUUUGAACUUGUUUUGUUUAUUCGUUGUCAGAUGUUGACCACGUGACUGUCCCUAUUGAGUUUUGGAUUAUAUCCUGUUCUUUGACCCUGCUUUCCCUUGCUAAUUUUAUUUAAAAUAAAUUUAAGUUUUUACCUUG